AUGAGUGCCGAAUUGGUUUGGGCUAUCGUCAAGAACAACAACUCUUUCCUCGUCAAGCGUGACAACGCUCAAUUCUCUUCUGAACCCGGUAACUUGACUAACCUCAACUCCUUCAAGUACUCUGGUAUUGCCAACUACAAGAACGUCACCAUCCAACCUGCUGCUCGUGGUGUCCGCGUCACUUUGCACAAGGCCAAGAAGGAACAAUUACCAGCCAAGUCUACCAACACCGUUGUCAUUGCCAAGACUCGUCGCCAAACCGCCAAGUCUGUUGCCAACUUGAUUGCUCGUGCUAACAAGUACAGACCUGACCUUCGUGCUGCCGCCCUUGCUCGUGCUUCUGCCAUCAUUUCUUCUCAACAACCCAAGAAGACCCCCAAGGCUCGUGAAGCUAAGGGUGUUCGUGCUCAAAAGAAGAACUAA